UCCCCCGCGCCUCGGCUCCCGCAUCCCUCCAUCCAACCCUGUGCCGCAGCCGCAUCGCCACCGCAGCCCAGGCAGAGCCCAGUCGGCCCAGGCCCCUGUCUCUGCCUGGCCUCAGCUCCCGCCCUCACCCCUCACGCCGCGCACCUUAUCCGCACAUCCCUCGGAGGUCUAGUCCGGUGCCCCCAGACCCCCGGCCUCCAGCAAAGAGGCAGGAGGCAGAGAGAAGCAGCGGAGGCGGGAGGACGAAGAAGGGGAGGAGGAGCCCGUCGCAGGAUGAAGGAUCGGACUCAGGAGCUGCGGAGUGCGAAAGACAGCGAUGAUGAAGAGGAAGUGGUCCACGUGGAUCGAGACCACUUUAUGGAUGAGUUCUUUGAACAGGUGGAAGAGAUCCGAGGCUGCAUCGAGAAACUGUCUGAGGACGUGGAGCAGGUGAAGAAACAGCACAGCGCCAUCCUCGCAGCCCCCAACCCGGAUGAGAAAACCAAACAGGAGCUGGAGGACCUCACAGCAGACAUCAAAAAGACCGCGAACAAGGUCCGGUCCAAGUUGAAAGCGAUCGAGCAAAGCAUUGAGCAGGAAGAGGGGCUGAAUCGUUCCUCCGCUGACCUGCGCAUCCGCAAGACUCAGCACUCCACUCUCUCGCGGAAGUUCGUGGAGGUAAUGACCGAGUAUAACGCAACCCAGUCCAAGUACCGGGACCGCUGCAAGGACCGCAUCCAGCGGCAGCUGGAGAUCACUGGCAGGACCACUACCAAUGAAGAACUGGAAGACAUGUUGGAAAGCGGGAAGCUGGCCAUCUUUACGGACGAUAUCAAAAUGGACUCGCAGAUGACAAAGCAGGCACUAAAUGAGAUCGAGACCAGGCACAAUGAGAUCAUCAAACUGGAGACCAGCAUCCGGGAGCUGCACGACAUGUUUGUGGACAUGGCCAUGCUUGUGGAGAGCCAGGGCGAGAUGAUUGACCGCAUCGAAUACAAUGUGGAACAUUCCGUGGACUAUGUGGAACGAGCUGUGUCCGACACCAAGAAAGCUGUGAAAUAUCAGAGCAAGGCGAGGAGGAAGAAAAUCAUGAUCAUCAUUUGCUGUGUGGUGCUGGGGGUGGUCUUGGCGUCAUCCAUUGGGGGGACCCUGGGCUUGUAGGCCCCUACCCUUCUCUUCCUUCAGUCCCUCUCCACUCAUCGGGAGCAAUCCCCGUCCCUCACUUUCCCCUGCUCCGAGCUCACUCCCAAAACAGACCCAGGCAGUUUCAGCUCCUGCCACCCUCACGCACACCCUGGAAUCCCUGGCUCUGACUUUGCCAUGGAUCCCCCCUCCACCUUGCCGCACAUAGAUAACAGCAGGCGUGAUCACACAUGCACACUAACAUGCAUGCCGCGGGCACAUGCUCAAGACGUGUGGACACCCCAGCGUGUAUGUACUUGUGUAGAUGUAUGUAGAUCCCCUGAACCUCUUUCUGCCACCUCCAUCCUGUGUGGUCUGAACUUCCCUCUCUCCUGUUGCUGUGCAGACUGUGGCCGAGUAGAACACAGCAGCCCGCCAUACCCCAACCUGUCGUCUGUGAACAGACACGUGUAGUGCAGGUGUGUGUGUGUGUGUGUGCAUAGAUCUGUAGCCAUACAAUGUGUGUACAUGGAAUUGUCUAAGUGUGAAAACCCAAUGCAAAAGCAGCUCCUCCGCUGACCUCUCUCCUAUCUGCUCCAUCUGGAGUGGGAGGUACGUGUGAGGGUAAUUCCCAGCCUCCGAGGAUCCAGGGAGGCCCAGAGACCACUGCACAUGUCUCCUGUGAUGUAGAAUUCACAAACUCUCCUGGCUCAGUUACUGCCAGGGGUUCACUUAAUGUCCUGGGGACUCCCCCCACCCGUGUGUGUGUGUGUGUGUGUGUGUGUGUGUGUGUGUGUGUGUUGAGCCUUGAGUUCAGGGGAGGCAAGUGGAAGCCUGUGUGUAAAUGAUAAAGAUCCUGACUUAGUUUGUAUGAGUGUGUACUUCCUAAUAGAUGGUGAUGUAAAGGGCUUGUGCACAGGACUCUCUCUCUCUCUCUGUCUCUCUCUCUGUCUGUCUCUGUCUCUCUCUCUGUGGUGUAGUGUUGAUAAUCUUCUCCUAGACAGAGCCAUCCAUGCUGUGAAUCAGACACUAGUUUUGAAUGGGUAGAGAUAGCUGUCACUAAGCUACUGGAAGACGACUGUGUACGUGUGCACCCUUAUGGACUUUCUACAUGUUUCUGCUUCUGUGCAUCACACGCACACACAUUUCUCUUUAAGUUCAUGCUCCCCAGGUUCGUUUCUCCAGACUUAGUUGCUCCCUCCCUUUCCUCAGAACAGCGGCUCACACUGCUCCAUCAGGAGUGUGCCAUUGCCGUGUCCUCCCUCUCCAGACCAUCUGACGGGAGCACACACCCAGACUCUUACCUUUCUCUUUCUGCCUGACAGUAGUACUGAGCCUUGAACAACUAGCACGUCCUAGUGUGUUCAUAAAUGCCAAGGCUGAGGAAGUUCCAGAAAGGUGGUCACACACAGGGGCUGGGGCCUCACACACAAACAGCAUGGUGCCCAUCCUGGGCCACACCAGUUUGCACACAAACUGUCUCCUGGAAGGAGUGUGGUAGGCCUAAGGAGGUAAGAUGCCAAGGGCUGCUCCAGACAGGUGGGAAACCAUGGCAUUUACCCUUCCUGCCUCUCAAACUCACCUCGAAGCUCUUGUUUGUCCUCACUGCCUCAGCCAAUACUCUGAACUCUUCCUCGAGGAACUUGUGUUUGGGCAGCUGGAUUUUACACACACUUGAGUGGCUACUUAGGGCCAUCCUUGAAUCUGUCCCUCAGAAACAUGUACUGCUGAAGCAUCAGCCAUGGUCACUACCACAGCUGGGUGACAGGGAGGUUGAGACAGGGAGCAUCCUCCAGUGGUGAGGAAUGGAGAAAGCCUUCCACUGUGUGCACAGCUAUGUGUGCACUUUGUGGGCUCUCUGGGAGCAGGCAGGAUGUCAGCGGGAUAAAGGACAGCACUGCAAGUCCUAUGAACGUGUAGGCACACAGAGGCACAUGUGUCCUGGCCUGCAGUCGGGUAGCCAUGUGAAGUGUGUGUGAACACAGGUGCAUGCAGGACGAGGGGAGAGGAGGAGUCCCUGAAAAUAUGGCUUUCUAGAUGGAAAUGUUCUGAGCAAGCCCUGACAGCUCAUCUCUUCCCUGCCUGGCUGUUUGAGCUCUGCCCACCUGGUGUGUAUGCGUGUGUGCAUGUGUGCAUCCACAUGUAUGUAACCCCAGGUUAGCUGUGCUGAGGAGGGAGCCUGCCUAUCCAUUUCCAGAAUACUCUUCAGCAGGACGGGAGUUCGCCCACAGCUUCGUGCCCCCAUCCUUGACUUCUCUGGAGAUGCCAGAGGAGGCCCCAGCAUCCUCCCACUUCUUCCUUCAGCCCAGCCAGAACCCCCUUCAACCUAGGUGUUUCUAGCAGCCUCUCUUGACACCCCAGUCACGGUGUUCCCAAGGACAGACUGUGGCUGGCAUGCUGCUUUUGCCUCUUUGAAUGGCACUGGGCUCAGGGCUGCCCACCACUGGGCCUCAAGUGGAUUAGCAGUCCUGAGUCUGCUGUAACCCAGCUUUCUACAAGACCUACACAUCACAUGAUGGACAAGCUUGUUGACUGUUGUCCAUAUGUGUGUCCUGGAUGAUUGUCUGGGGGCUGGUGUCUUUUGCAUGUUCUCAGAUAAGUGUGUGCCACCUGCCCUCCACACACCUAAAACCAUCAAGCCCAAAUGUGCCCCCGUGGUGGUCCUAGGCCCAAGCCAGGACUCAAUGCUUCCAUUGUCCCUUCCUUGCCUCUUACAAAGCCCACCAUGUGUCUGUCUCCUGUGCCCGUGGGUCAUCACGCUCUUGUCAUGCCUUGAGCGUGUACACAUGAUGUGUUCUGUGAACUCACCCUGCCCUGCCCACCUCACAGAGGACAAGAUGGCUGGUCCCUAGCUUCCCUCUCCCCACUCGCCUCUCCCCACGCCCCGCUGUGCAGCUGUGUGCGUUGGUGUGUUUCUGUGUUGCUGGCGUGUCACGUGAUGUAGCCAUGUUUGCUGACAUGAGCCCCUGCCCCCUUUUUUUCUCCAUUGGUUUCUAGAACUCUCUCCCUCCCCUCCCCUGAGGGGACAGGACUCCUGGGGCCUGGCUGGGGGCCCAGAGCCUGGCCACCCUCCUGUUAGCCCUCAGAGUCUUAUUUCUCUCUAUUGGUGAUCAACUUGCAAAUGGAUCAAAUACAGGAAAUUUUGACCCCUGCCCCAGACCUGCAUGUCCUGUCCCCAGAGCGCCCGAACCCCAUCUUGGGCCAGGUUGGGCCUGGUGGGACGGGAGAAAUAGCAACCAAUCCAACAGCGGG